AUGGCUAAUUCGAACGGCGAUUCCUCGCCCUCAACCAGGGCUAGAGUGGUCAUUGUAGGAGCAGGAUUUGGGGGUCUUACAGCUGCUAUUGAGUGCCACCGACAAGGCCAUGAAGUCGAAAUAUACGAAUCCUUUCCAGAACUCAAAGUCCUAGGCGACAUUAUCUCCUUCGGACCCAAUGCCGGCCGCAUUUACAAGCGCUGGGACAACGGCAAAAUCGUCGAGAAAAUGCGUGAAUUGAGUAUCAACCUGACCGAAUACGGAUUCCGAAUUCACAAAUACGACACGGGAGAAGUUGUCACAACACAAAGGGGGCCACCACCUGAUCCCGAUGCGCCUGUUUUCAAUGGCCAUCGCGGCGAAUUGCACAGCAUAGUCUUCAAUCAUGCUAAGAACGAUUUGGGAAUUCCGAUUCAUCUCGGUCAUCGGGUGACGCAGUACUGGGAAGAUGAAGAACAGGCGGGUAUCAUUCUGGAUGAUGGGACAAAAGUUUCUGCAGAUGUAGUUAUAGGCGCCGACGGCGUGAGAUCCAAAGCUAGGGAAUUAGUUCUUGGAUACGUUGAUAAGCCCAAGUCUAGUGGUUAUGCAGUUUACCGAGCAUGGUUCCCGAACACAGAUAUGAUCAAAGACCCCCGCACAAAGCAGUUCUGCGAGAAUGGCGACACAUUCAACGGCUGGAUUGGUCCUGAUGUGCAUUUCCUGUUUUCGACUAUCAAGAAUGGCUCAGACUGCUGCUGGGUAUUGACCCAUCGUGAUGAAGCCGAUAUUGACGAGUCCUGGUCCUUUCCCGGAAAACUGGAGGAUGUAUAUAAAGUCCUUGAAGGAUGGGACCCUUUGUGCAAGGCGAUUGUAGAAAAGACUCCCUCUGUGGUGGAUUGGAAAUUGGUUUAUCGUGAUCCAUUGCCUCGAUGGGUCAGCGACAAGGGACGAAUUACCUUGCUAGGUGACUCCGCACAUCCAUUCUUGCCUACUUCGGCACAGGGAGCUACCCAGGCCAUGGAAGAUGGUGUUACGAUUGCUGUCUGCCUCAAGAGGGCUGGAAGCAAGGACCGUAUUCCGGCUGCUGUGCGCGCUUAUCAAGAUAUUCGAUAUGACCGAGUACGUGCGGUACAAAAGACUGGUGAAACUACGAGAGACAUGUGGCAUAAGGCCGACUGGGAUAAGGUCAAGGAGGAUCCUGCUUCCAUUCAUCUACCUCGCGAGGACUGGAUAUUUACUCAUGAUGCUGCGAAGCACGCUGAAGAGGUGUUUGAUGAAGUUGUUAAGAAGUUCAUCUAG